AAGUUUUUGUCAGUCGCCUUUAUUUACUUUCGAGCCUCAAAACAUUUUUAAUUGCGGUUUUGUAUAUUAGAAAUAAAAAUUGUUUUGCUAGUGAAUAUUUCGGUAAUUAUUGGUGAUGAAAUUAGAAUACUUGCAGCGCAAUGCAGUAAUUUCAACGAGAGGCAGUUUUCUGAUCGGCGCUUAUUACAGAUACUUCCAUUUCUGAGGAGUCGUCAAUUUGGUAUAACUACCAAACUGAUUACCUUCUGCAGUAGUUGAAAUGAUGCGGUAUUCAGAAAUACCACGCGAUCUUUCUUCAGAUAGUCUACGAUGCAGAGAGUACUCCGAAGAAAACCUGUAUUAUGAAAACGUGCGAGACGAAUCUCCGCAAAGCGACAUUUCCACGAAUAGUGGUCCUGGGCUUCCACUUAUCGGCUCCUUAGACAGCAACCGUGCCAUCAAAGAUCAAACGAGUAAAUGUCAAUGUCAUAAAAAGCAUUCGAUAGCUUCCGUAGGACCCAUUGAAUCCAUAAUAGAUCGUAGCAGAGCGACAACGUAUAGAAAAUGUCCCACGCCAAUAACCAACAAAUCUCAAAGUCUCCCACCAAAUGCCUCAAUCGCCAAUAUCGACUCGAUCAUAAUUAGCUGCUUACGAGUUUCGCCAGAGGAGUUAGCUAAUCAGAUAACGUUGCUAGAUUAUCCCGUUUUUGCUGCCAUCGAACCGGAUGAGCUGGCCAGUUGCGCCUGGAACAAAAAGAACAAAGCCGAGCUCUCACCAAAUGUUGUGGCGUUUACGAAACGAUUUAAUCAUACAAUCUUUUGGACGGUUCAGGAAGUGCUUAAUGGAAUAUCUGCCAAAGAAAGAGCUGAGAUAAUCACCCAUUUUAUCAAGGUUGCUCGACAUCUGCACGAACUGAACAACCUUCAUUCCUUAUUUGCUAUAACAUCCGCUUUGAAAAGUGCCAGUGUGUAUCGGCUUGAGAAAAGUUGGACACAUGUUUCAAAAAAGGAUAAGCAGCAAUUUGAGAGGUUGGCAGACAUAUUCCACGACGAUAACAAUUGGGCUACAUUGAGAGAAUACCUCGAGAGUCUCAAACUUCCUUGCAUACCAUACCUAGGCUUAUUUUUGACUGAUUUGGUUUACAUAGACUUGGCCCAUCCCCACAAGGGUGGCUUAGAACCAGAACAACGACGAAUCAAAAUGAACAACAUUCUACGCGUGAUAUCGAACUAUCAAGGAUCAGACUAUUCCUACAUUCAACCGAUACCAAAAACACUCAAUUAUCUUAAUUCCGUCCGGUACAUCGAGGAGUUGCAGAACAUCUUUGAAGAUGAUCAAUACAAAAAAUCUCUGAAACUGGAACCUCUGCCGUCGUCGCCUUCGUCGUCGGCAAUGAAUGGUAAACACUCAAGCGCCAGGCAAACGAACUCUUCAAUGUCGACUACCGACAAUGGCCAGCAUGGUCAUCCAUCGACGUUAGCCUCUCUAAAUUUGUCGCCGGCAAAGUCAAGUUCCAUGCGGUUCCCAACCGUAACACCGAACACGUCAUCAGCAAAAUUUAUAGGCCACCGGAAGUGUCGGAGUUUGGGUACAAAAUUUCGUAGCACAAGCUUGCCGCGAAAUUUCCAUAAACACUGUCAUUGUACAACACUCAUACCCAGUGGGUUGUCAUCCGUUCGCUGCAAGUGUUGUAUUUUCAACAAAAUAUCGUGUACUACAACCCAAUGCUCUUCGAACACGAUACACCGAACGGAAUCGUUCGUGAAAUCGCGUCAUCUUUUGGAUGAUUCAGUACUGGAGGACAAGGUUUCAGCAGAUACCACCUCGACUGGUAGCUCCGAUGGGGUCAUAGGGUUCGAAAGCGAUGCCGAACUUGCUGCAGAUAUUCUAGGAUUUCAAGGCUGUUUGCGGCGGAAAACUCUGAUGAAACACCGGCGUAAACCCACUGUGUCAUCGUGGCAACGGUACUGGGUCCAAAUAUGGGCCAAUUCUCUAGUAUACUUUGCACCCAAAUCAUUUAAAGGAACUGAACGUUGUGAUUACAAACGGGAACCAUCAAAAAUUUGUACCUUGGAAGGCUGGAACGUAGAAACGAAGGACGAUACUCAAAGCGACACGUUCCAACUUGUGAACCAUCAGCAUGGGCACAUCUAUAAGUUCCGAACCGGCUCUUCAGAUAUUACUCUACUAUGGCUUAGUGCUUUGAACAAAGUGAUUUCUCAAUUCGCAACGGAUAUUCCAAGCAAACCACCUGUUAAUUUGAUGUCUUUUGAAUAGUGUAAACCUUUUGCAUGUGAUGGUGGGUCACUUGUAAAGAAUUUAUAGACUUUGAUUGUUGUAACUUAGGCUCUCUAAAAAUGGCAAAGAACAAAAAAAGCUUUACAUUUUAA